AUUUUAAUUUUAUUAUUUUUUUAGGCAUUUAGUCGUGCUCAUAGAAUAGGUCAAGCAAAUAAGGUUAUGAUAUAUCGGUUUGUGACAAGGGCAUCUGUAGAAGAACGUAUUACACAGGUGGCUAAAAAGAAAAUGAUGUUGACUCAUUUAGUAGUACGACCUGGACUAGGAAGCAGAGCAAACACAAUGUCUAAACAAGAAUUAGAUGAUAUAUUAAGGUUCGGUACCGAACAAUUAUUUAAAGAUGAUGACGGCAAAGAGGAUCUUAUUCAUUACGACGAAAAAGCCAUUGAUGGAUUAUUAGAUCGUACAAAAGAGGGAAUUGAACAGAAAGAAUUGUGGGCAAACGAAUACUUAAGUUCUUUCAAAGUUGCUGCUUAUGUAACAAAGGAAGCAGAAGAAAAAGAACCAGAGACUGAAAUUUUAAAACAAGAAGUUGAAUCGGCAGAUCCUGCAUAUUGGGAAAAGCUUCUUAGGCAUCACUAUGAACAGCAGCAAGAAGAUAUGGCUCGUUCUCUCGGUAAAGGAAAGAGAGUUCGUAAACAAGUUAAUUAUAAUGAUGCGAUGGGACCGCAGGACGAUUCGACGUGGCAAGAUAACUUAUCUGAUUAUAAUUCAGAAUUUUCUGUACCAUCGGAUGACAAUGAAGAUGAUGAUGACUUUGAAGAGAAGAAUGAAGAAAAGAAUACUAGGAGGAAAAGCCGUUCAUUGCAAAAUGACAAAGAUAAACCUCUACCUCCAUUGUUGGCCAGGGUUGGAGGAAACAUUGAAGUUCUUGGCUUCAAUGCAAGACAACGUAAGGCUUUCUUAAAUGCUAUUAUGAGAUAUGGCAUGCCUCCACAAGAUGCUUUCAACUCUCAAUGGCUGGUUAGAGACUUGCGAGGAAAGUCUGAAAAGAAUUUCAAAGCUUACGUUUCUUUAUUUAUGCGCCAUUUGUGCGAGCCGGGAGCAGAUAAUUCCGAAACAUUUGCUGACGGUGUUCCUAGAGAAGGUUUAUCUCGUCAACAUGUACUUACUCGUAUAGGUGUGAUGUCUCUUAUUAGGAAAAAGGUACGUAGUUAUAAAUAUUUUAAUGGAAGAAUUCUGGUUGAGGUGAAAUUAUUGAUAUUUAUGAGAGCAAACAGCUAUUGUUGGAUUUAUAACUUCACAACACGAAUACCAAUAAAAUGUUACAUAUUUGCUUCCAAUAAAUUGGAGAUUCUUUACACUAAAACAACUGGACUUACCUUAUACCAUAGAAUUCCCAGAAAUGAUGAUAAUUUUCUGUAUUUAGGUCCAGUUUUUACACUUUGUUAUAAUGACUUUUUGGAAUUAUUUGUUUAA